AUGAACCAAUUUCGAGUAACUAGUGGUCAAAAAGAAAUGAUUAGUGCUGCUGAGGAUUAUGCUGACACUGUUCUUCGACACACAAAAAAGAUUUUGCCUCAUCUUGCACGCCUUUUCCUUGUUUCUACUUUUAUUGAGGAUGGAUGUCGAAUGUGGAUUCAAUGGGAUGAUCAACGGGAUUAUAUGCAGGAGUCCUGGUCUCUUGGGUGGUUUUUGGCUGUGGUUUUUGUCGUUUUCAACUUUUUUGGUCAACUCGUCCCUGUUGUGAUGAUAAUGAUCCGAAAACAUGUUGGUAUUGCCUGUUCUGUGCUGGCUGCUGUUGUUGUGAUUCAAACUAUUGCUUAUCAUAUUAUUUGGGAUUUGAAGUUUCUUGCAAGAAAUAUUGCCGUAUUUGGAGGUCUUGUUUUACUUUAUGCCGAAACUCUGGAGGAACGAAAAUCUUUAUUUGCUGGAGUUCCCCAAAUGAAUGAUGACAACAAACCAAAAUCUUAUAUGAUUUUAACUGGACGUAUAUUGCUUGUUUUUAUGUUUUUGUCACUGAUACACUUUGAUUUGUCCUUCUUUAAAAUUGUUGAAUUGUCAGUUGGUGUUAUUUUGAUGGUUUUGGUUACUAUUGGAUAUAAAACUAAGCUUUCUUCGAUGAUUCUUUCUUUUUGGUUAUUUGCUUUGAAUUUAUGGCUAAACUGUUGGUGGACGAUUCCUCAAGACCGUUUUUACCGUGAUUUUAUGAAAUAUGACUUUUUCCAAACUCUUUCUGUUAUUGGUGGACUUCUUUUGGUAAUAUCUUAUGGUCCUGGUGGUGCUUCUUUAGGUAAAUAUUGGAGGAAAAAAUUAGAAAAAUAUUUUGUUUUUUAG